AUGACUCAAGAAGACAGAGCUGCUCAGUUCAUGGGCAAAGAUGCCAUGGGAUUGGAAGAGACCAAGGGUAAACCGCCACCAUCGGAAGAUGCAGUUCGUGAAGAGUACUUCAGAACCUUCUCAGGCAUGGCACUGGUCAUUGGACCCUUCAUGGCCAGCACUCUCUACUUUGCAGUUACAACAGUGUUUCCUGCAGAACAAGACAUGAUUGCCUCCAAAUUGAAAUUGAUAGCUCAGUUCGAAUUGCAGUAUGUCUACAUGGGGUACUACAUCAUUUUUUGGACACGGCUGUACGCUGUCAUCAAUUCCAAUGCGGCAAGAGCACCAGCACGGUUGGGACGUCCUAAUCAGCAUGUCUAUCAAAUAAUGGAUGCAUCUGGUCCUUACAGUAAGGCUCCCUAUGUCCUCAUGGUGGACGACAAAGGGCCAAUUGGACGUUUCAAUCGAGCACAACGAGCAUGCUUCAAUUUGGAUGAACAGCUGCCACUCUUCUUGGCAGGUUUCCUUUUGCAAUCAUUUGUCUUUGGAAAACUCAGUUUGAUCAUUCCAAUUGCAUUCUUCGUGGGGGGUAUUCGAUUUUGCAAUCUAUACAAGGUCAGUGCUGAUACCCGUGGUGGAGGCUUUAUAUAUGUCAUCUUUGCCUAUCAUGCAAAUGCUGCUCUGGUACUCUUGGCAGUUGCGCUGAUGUACUAUAAGAAGCAGAAAUAA